AUGGCAGACUCUGCAGAUCCUUAUGCAGGGAUGACAAUGCCGGAAUAUGUAAGUUCCCGGGAAUUGCAAAAGAUACUUUUCAGUUGUAUAAGACAUACAAUGGAAAAGGAGCUCAGCCAAGAAUAUACAUCCCAGCAUUCUUUUUAUUGGCGAUUAUGCUAGCAGGUUAUGUUGGAAAUGCGUUGGUGAUAAUGGCAACCUUCACCAAUAAGUAAGUCGUAUAUUUCUGCCCAAAUAUCCGACAAAUCUACUACUUAUCUAACCUAAACUAAAAAACACUAUUUUCAGAAAGCUUCAAGGUAAGUCUUGACCUCCCCAAUCCAACACUACCUACUUUAAUACCUCUCAAAUCUACUGUUUUUCUCAGGUUCCUGCAACUAUUUCAUCGCGUUUGGCUGUUUUGCUGAUAUGAUCCACACAUCCGCUCAUUGGGUGUUCGUGUACACCACAGCGAUUACCGGAGAAAACUUUAUCCCAUAUGAUCGCUGUUUAUGGUACCAAACACUUCCCCUCAUCUUCAUUACAAUCAGUAUUAUAAUGACAUUACUUGUGGGGAUCGAUCGACUGGUCUCGGUGACAUUUCCUGUGGCCUAUGGAAAGACCAAUAAGACCGCUAUUAUCACUGGAGGCGUUGUGUUAUCCUUUGCAUGCGGCGCUUACUUCUACGGAAUUUCGUAUUUACAUGCAUUCACACCCGAGGGCAAAAAGUAAUUGAAAAAAGCAUUAACUAAGCCUGAUUUGUCCUAACUUUAGUCCCGUUCUCUGUGUUAUCGUCAGCGCGUUGGGCGGUCGCGCAUUCUUCGCCUGGUUCAAUUUUUGUGUCCUAGUGAAUCUCAUUGACCUUGUCAUCUACUCCUCAGUAUGGUUGAUUCUCCGAUUCAAAGCAGGAAUGAGCGACGACAGCAAGAAAGUCUUCCGGUCGCUAUUCGCAAUCAUGUUAACCGUAGCCUUUGGAUGGCUAGCGAACGCGUUCUGCCAAGCAGUAAUAGCGCCGGCAUUUAUCAAGGUCGAAUACCAAUACGAGUUCAUGGUUUACUUUGGAAUUCCUGUGAACUUGGCAAGCUCAGGAGGAUUUGUGACGCUUUACAUCUUCAGGUAGGUUUAGAAGAACUUUCGCGUUAAAACAAACCAAUUACCCCAGGGCAGUAGACUCUAGUAGGAGCUGACUACCCAUAGAAGGAAUCGAUUGUACAAACAUAGCAUAUGAUCUCCGAAUUGUAGCUUUAGUCCAAAUAUGUAACUGAGAACCCUGUAGAAUUUACACUGGAUGCUUACACAGCUACCUAUUGUAAUAUUAUUACAAUCUUAAACGCUAAUAUUUCUGAAUUAUAACCAAUAACACUCCAAAAAAUGGGCUCAGUUUGGUGCUGAUAAUGUCCUUAGUUUGUUCAGCUAAUCUCCGUCAUUUCAGUCAAGAAUAUCGUCGAACGUUCCGCAAACUCCUGCAUUUGAAGACAACCAAAGGCGGAGCUGCCUCCACAGCUGUAACGCAUACAAGCAAAGCCGAGAGCUCGAGGAAAAACAGUUCAUAA